AUGUUAUCGAGAAUUUAUUCAUCGAUUAUUCUUGGUAUUAAUAUAGUUAUUGGUCUUGUUUUACUUUGUUUUAAUGCGGAAUUUUAUCAUAAUUCAUCAUGGAUAAUAACAAUUGAACAAGAACAAAAAUAUUUAUUAAAUUGGAAUAUGGCAUUUGCAUUGAUUAUUAUUUUCUAUAAUCUUAUUUUACUUCUUCUAGUUGAUAGUUUGUUACUUUCAGAACGACCACAUUUCUUUUUUACAUAUGGAGUUAUUUGUUCUGUUUUUCUAUUAGCAAUACAUCUAUCAAAUACGAUUCUAUUUGUAUUUGUUGCAAGUGAAGUUCAUUUACCAAAAUCUUCUUCUUUAUACAUUAAUAUUUCAUUGUUUUCAUUAGUAUUUGUUACUAAUCUAUUCGAUUGGUUAGUGUGUUAUGAUUUGUGUUUCUAUGAUAAAUGCUAA